AUGGCCGAUGAAAACCUUCCCGAAAAUGCCCAGCAAAUUUCAGUGGACGUCGGCUUCGAUAAUGAUUCUGCGCUUGGUGACGAUGACACUGAAUCGGACUUGGCAUCACUGAGGAGUAGCAUCUACAACUAUCACUACGAGAAUGGGAGACGAUACCAUGCCUACCACGCCGGCUCCUACUGGGGUCCUAAUGAUGAGAAAGCAAUGGAACAUCUCGACAUAGGACACCAUCUGUACAAAUUGUUGCUCAAUGGUGAAUUGUAUCUGGCUCCGAUCGGCGCCACUCCACAGCGUGUUUUGGAUGUCGGCACUGGAACUGGUAUAUGGGCAAUCGACUUUGCCGAUGAACAUCCCGAAUCAAUCGUGAUAGGGACGGAUUUAUCCCCGAUACAGCCAGAAUUUGUUCCAACAAAUCUGUCAUUCGAGGUCGAGGACUGUUGCGAAGAAUGGAUCUAUUCACCCGAAGCAAGUUUCGAUUUCAUCCACGUGCGAGGUCUCUACGGCAGUGUGGCCCACUGGGACACGUUCUACCAUGAAGUCUAUAGGAACCUCAAGCCAGGAGGUUACGUCGAACAGGUCGAACAGUCUGUGGUGCCGAGAUCUCAAGACGGGACGGUCGACGGCACCAUCUUUGAGGAAUGGGGCAAAGUCUCCCUCGAGGCCGGUGACGCCUUUGGCAAAAGCCUCCGCAUAUGCGACGAGUCGGCGCAGCACAUGCGCGACGCCGGCUUCGAGGACGUGACGGAACGACGCUUCCGUGUGCCCAUCGGCAGCUGGCCCAGGGACCCCCACCUCAAAGAACUGGGAAGAUUUAAUCGUCUCCAGUGGGAAGAGGGUAUCGAAGGGUGGACCAUGAUGCUACUUACGAGUAUCCUCGGGUGGGCGCCUACAGAAGUCCAAGUUUAUCUUGCCCGAAUGAGGGCCGGCCUCCGGAACCCGAGAAUCCAUGCUUACCAGGACGUGUAUGAUUUUCCGAUUUACUGGGUUGAAAGCGCGCCGGGCUAA